AUGUUUGGAUUGGUACCGGAGGCAGCCGUGAAGACGGGAGGUAACGAUCGAGGAAUUUUCGCUGGAGCAUCUGGUGGUAUCAGUACCACCCCUGUUCUGACACUUGAAGCCGAUCUUUCCCACAUCGACAUAGCCAAGAGUGUAAAGGGAUACGUUGGAGCAGAGCAAGUUGCUGAUCCUCAACAAAAAAAAGUUGCUAAUUGUUUUAAAGGCGCCGAUGGAGUUGUUAUCACAGCGGGCGUGCCACCUAAAACUGGAAGCACUCGAGAUGAUUUGUUCAACACCAAUGCUGGUAUCGUUCGCGAUUUGACUUCUGCCAUUGCGGACAAUUGUCCAAAGGCUUUAAUUGCGAUUAUUACAACUCCUGUGAACUUGUGUGUACCAACUGCCGCAGAAGUUCUGAAAUCCAAAGGAAAGUACUAUCCGCUUCGUUUCUUCGGUGUUUCAACUUUGGAUAUUGUCCUUGCUCGAAAAUUCAUUUCUGAUUCAUGUAAAGUUGGUGUGAAUACCGUUGAUAUUCCGGUUAUCGGUGGACAUUCUGGUGUUACAAAUAUUCCGGUGGUAUCACAAUGCAAACCAAAAGUGUCGUUUUCGCAGCCCGGUCUUGAGAAAAUCACAGUGCGCAUCCAAGAAGCUGGCAAAGAAGGUGUGAAAGCUAAGGCUGGAACGAGAAGAGGGCUAAAGCGAUUUUGA